AUGCGGACUUCACGAGUGUCUCGCGACACGUCCCGUAUCGUCGCCGCAAGCCGUACCCAACGAGCGCUACGCCAGACCCGAAGCGCGACCAAUGCGCAGACCCCUAUCAAACGAGAGACAGGUAGCGACGAGAAUGCUAGGGCAAGUUCAGAGCUGAACUCGGUACCAGCAGACUCAGCCUCCGAUGGAGAGGCGCGACGAGUGCCUAUGAAGAGGAAAAGGGGUCAAGAUACUCCUAUCGUCGUGAAGCAGGAGGUAGAGGAAACAACGAUCGCUGGAAUCGCAUCGCCGAAGAAAAGCGAAAAGGUCAAAAAAGCCCGACGCGCGCCUGCGAAGAAGAUUAAGGGCAACGAUGGGUCUGUGAAGAUGGAGCCGCCACCCAAUUGGGAGGAGAUAUACACCCUGACGAGAGAAAUGCGGAAUGAGAAUGUCGCGCCGGUAGACACUAUGGGGUGCGAGAGCCUGGCGGAGAAGAACAGGUCUCCUCGAGAUCGACGGUUUCAGACACUUAUAGCCUUGAUGUUGAGUAGUCAGACGAAAGACACCGUCACAGCGCCCGUCAUGCGAGGCAUGCAGGAGAAAAUGCCUGGCGGGUUCAAUCUUGAAUCUGUCCUCGCGCUAGAGCCGCCUGCGCUCAACGCUUUCAUCAACAAAGUGGGUUUCCACAACCUCAAGACCAAGUACAUCAAGCAAACUGCGGAGAUUCUACGGGACAAGUGGAAUAGCGAUAUUCCAGACACAAUCGAGGGACUUGUGUCACUACCUGGCGUCGGGCCUAAGAUGGGAUACCUCACUUUGAGUGCAGCUUGGGGCCGGCAUGAAGGUAUUGGAGUCGAUGUCCACGUCCACCGCAUUACCAACUUAUGGGGUUGGCAUAAGACUCAGAAUCCAGAACAAACACGUGCCGCUUUGGAGUCAUGGCUGCCAAAAGACAAAUGGCAUGAUAUAAACAAUCUGCUUGUGGGCUUUGGACAAACUAUAUGCUUACCUGUGGGCAGAAAGUGUGGCGACUGCAAGUUGGCAGAUAGAGGCCUAUGUCCCUCAGCAGUGGUAGCUAAGAAGACGAAAGUGAAGAAGGAAGAAGCCGUUGUGAAAGUUGAGGCACCCAAUGGCGACGAAGAGGCAGCAGUGAAGGAAGAGACGGUGGUUGCUGAUGUUGGUGAGAUCAAAGCUGAAGAUGUGGAAGGUGCGAUAGACAUAGAGGAUAUUGGGCAAGCGCCACGCAAAAGAGUACAGAGGAAGAAGUACACCUGCAACAUGGAAGUCGCCCGCGACGAAGCUCAAGGCUCAGCAAACGCUAGGGUGCCUUCCACCACGAUGAUCACCAUUGACAUGACACCUCAAGCAGAGCUGAGCAUUACGCCUGCUGAAAGCCAGUUUUCACAAGACGGUCAACGCGCUACAUCGGAACCAACCAAGGCAAAGAUUCCAUACAAAAUCAGGCUCCUGCGCGCCACCUCACGCAUGCUAGUGCUGGGAGUGUUCUUCGUGUACCUCAGCUCCGCGAUAAUUUCCAUCGGCACCGGAUUCUUCAGCAUCGAUAACUUCAUAACACCUCGAUUUGACCGAGCGGUAGACGAAUACCAUGUGCAGUCAGCCACCAUUCACAAAGAGCAAAUAUUGUACGGUCACUUGGAUAGACUUCUCUCUAGCCAGCUGAGCCGUGGCUUCAUGGAGACUCACGAAGACUGCCUCAUUCGCGGUCUGAAGAAAGCUAAUGAUGAAACCUUCGGGCUUGGCUUCCAGGACCCUCAUAUGCGUGCGCGGAUCAUGUACUGGACAAUGGAUAAUUGUGGUAGACUUCAAUACACGCCACAGGUGGUGAUACAUGAUGCGACCCGACAACAAGCUGUACUCAGGUCCUGGGCGAAUGUGCGAUACCGCUCCCGUCGUAUACUCGGGGAAGCACUAGAGGCCGUGAGACUAAAGACCCGUUCAAUCUGGAAUCGCUUCUUCGGCGGCAUCUACGUCAUAAACGCUUCCACCUCCACCAUCGCUGUACACAUUUCUAAUGGCACGGAUACUGGCAAUACGCCCUCGUCAACCUGGUCCCUUUCCAAAAUGCCAUUUGGUUUCGCCCUGCGCUGCGAGUCCUCCCAGCCAUGUCGCCUUGUUGACCUGCCCGUAUCCUCGGGCGAAAUGCUCACUUUGUCGGGUCGCGCAAAAGCCAUUGCGAAACUUGAACGCCGGCUUGGGGAACUGGCAGCCUCCAAGGCCAAUCUUCAAAACUGUCUAUCAGUUACAUGGUACCUGGCGAAAGUUCUGAACUUCGUGACCUCGGCUCUCUUGGGGAUCCAAACUGCGGUCUCGGUCGGCGUAGUUUCGUACACGGCCGCUACCAAGAAACUUGCUAGGAAAAAAGUCGCAACUGAGCUCACUCAAUUCCGGGGCUUCACGAAUGCAAGAGACAAGUACACGUUCAAGAUCAUGGGCUUCUGUCUUGCUCUGAGGUUGGUAGACCGCCUAUACGUCAAGUACUCGGAGCAUCUCGGAGGCAAAGUAUCAGUGCUUGUUUUUGGUCUCUUCUCUUUAAUUUUAGGCUUCAGUAUGCUUCUGCAGUUUUUCAUCACACCCAGCUCAUGGCAUCCGGACAUCUCCCAAUUCCUUGGACUGGUCGAGGAGCUCUAUCUGAUCACGCGAGGCUGCGAACUGCCUGAUGGAGAGGACCAUCGUCCAGAACUUUCUUCCGCGGCUGUCAUGUAUAUUGAGGCUCCCGGGACAACAAUCACUGAAUGUCGACCUAAAGAGACAGAAAUGGAGUCUGAUACAUCUAACCACCAUCGAAGCAAUCAAUCACCCAAAUCGCACUGUCGUCCAGUAUGUCCCAUCACAUCACUUACGGAGGAUUUCAAGACUCACGAAAAGAUGCUCCAAGAAGAGCUAAAGGAGACGAUGAGGCUGCAAGUCAUGAAAUGUGACGUGGAGUCUGACUAUGGUACUGACAUCGAUACUGAGUCUGACUCCGAGCCUGGUACUGAAGACAGCGGUUUCGUCGACCUGGCUGGUGGCGUUACCCCCCAACUUACGGACGCAGAAUCUGGCUGGUCUGUGGUGGAUGCGUAG